AUGGGGUAUUCAGUGAGAGAAGAGGUGUGGGGGGUGAUGGCCAUAGUCAUAUUCAUAUUAUUAGGAUUUAAUGGAGAAGCUAAGGGGUGCUUGAAAGAAGAGAGAGAAGCUCUUCUGAAAUUGAAAGAAGCUUUCAAUGAUCCAAAUGGCUCUUCUCUUCCUUCUUGGAAUAACCAAACCUUCUCUGAUUGCUGCACUUGGGAGGCUGUGAACUGUGACAACUCCACUCAUAGAGUCAUAAGCCUUUAUCUGAACAAUACAAGACCUUAUGAGUUGAGAAACAUCAAAUGGUCACUCAAUGCUUCUUCUUUUCUCCCCUUCAUCCAGCUUCAAGAGUUGUAUUUGGAUGGGAAUUACUUGUCAGAGCUGCUUGGCAAUAUCAGGCUGGUGAACGUGGAAGUGUUGGUGUUACAAGGGAAUAUGCUCACAGAAUUCCCAUAUUUCGACCUUUCUCAUUCACCUAAUCUGAAGUGGCUGCGGCUUGAUGACAAUAACUUGGAGGGCAGUAUUCCAGAAUCGAUUACGUCUCUUACUUCCCUCACCGGAUUGACAUUACGCUGGAACUACCUGACUGGAUCAUUGCCACAACAAGGAGGCUUAUGCAAUUUGAAGAAUCUUUUAGCAUUGGAUCUUGGCAACAAUGAAUUUGAGGGGCAACUUCCUGCGUGUCUUGGCAAUUUGACGUCUCUACGUGUGCUUUUUCUUCUUCGAAAUAAUUUUGAUGGAACUUUUCCUUUCUCAAUCUUUCAUACGUUGAGGUCCCUAACAACAAUUUCUCUUACUGACGAUAGUUUCAGUGGCUCAUUUUCACUCUCUUUGUUUGCCAACCACUCCAACCUCCAAAUGUUUUUCAUUGCAUGCUCUAACGCCAACCUCAAGCUUGAAACUGAGAAUCCCCCAUUUAUCCCUUCCUUCCAAUUAAGGGCUUUAACAAUCCACAACUGCACUCUAAAUGAAGCCAGCAAUAAAAGAAUGCCUACCUUUCUUCUUCAUCAAUAUGACUUGUUGUCUCUAGAACUUAGUUACUUGAACAUUUUAGGGACCUUCCCGUCCUGGCUUUUGACAAACAACACAAGACUAACUUAUUUCAAUUUGGCACAUAACUUGUUCACUGGUCCCUUUGAACUCAAUUCCACCUCAAAAUGGCUUCAAAUGGAGUCUUUUAAUAUUUCAUCAAACCCCAUUAGAGAUGAAAUCCCUCCUCAUAUUGGCUUUAUUUUUCCCAACUUGAUUUCUCUUCUCAUGUCUUCAACUUCAUUGCAAGGUCCCUUUCCAGCUUCAAUAGGUGAAACGAGACAACUGAAUGAUCUCGACUUGUCAAAUAAUAAUUUAUAUGGUUAUUUGCCAUGA